AUGCCCACGCCGCUCUCCCGACUGGUGGUAUGGCUGCUGCCACUGUCUCUGCUACAAGGUGCUGCUAACGCAGAAGCAGCCUGCGGGCAGCCAGUGAUAUCUCCGCGGAUCGUUGGGGGGCAACCAGCCUCCGAGGGGUCCUGGCCUUGGCAGGUCAGCAUCUUACACAACUAUGAACCAGUUUGUGGAGGUUCCCUCAUAUCUGAGCAGUGGGUGGUGUCUGCAGCUCACUGCUUUUUCCAAGCUUCAGGUACAUUUAAAGUGCAACUAGGAGCCUACAAACUCGCUGACCCCUCUCCCAACAUGAUCAUAUCAGACGUAGAAGAAAUCAUCUCCCACCCUGACUAUGCUGGCUAUGAUGGUUCCAUGGGGGAUAUUGCUUUGAUGAAGCUGAAGUCCCCUGUGAAUUUCACAGACUACAUCCUUCCGAUCUGCCUGCCGGAUGCCUCUGUCAAUUUCUUCCCGGGAGAACGCUGCUGGAUCACUGGAUGGGGACAGAUUCUCCAAGGAGAGAGUCUACAGGCCCCACAAACUCUUCAGGAACUUGAAGUGCCAAUUAUAAGCCGAGAUGAAUGUAAUAAUCUGUAUAAUACAACGGAUGAGAUGAAUCCUAUCAAGGCUGAUAUGAUCUGCGCUGGAUACCCAGAAGGUGGGAAGGAUGCCUGCCAGGGUGAUUCCGGGGGGCCUUUGGCUUGCAAAAGAGAUGCAGUUUGGACCCUGGCUGGGGUUGUGAGCUGGGGGGAUGGCUGCGCCAAACCAAAUCAUCCUGGAGUUUACACCUUGGUGCCUUUCUAUGCUGACUGGAUACAAGAUACAAUGGCUGGUAAUGGCGGACUUCACAAAACCCUCACAAUGACACUCCUCUUCAUGUCCCUUGCACUCAAUCUUCUAUGA